AUGGCUUAUGGUCUAAGCAGUUUACGGGCAAGGAAAUUGGCGUAUGAUUUGGCAGUUGCUAAUGGACUGAAGAUUCCAGCUUCAUGGGAAGCCAAUAAAGCAGCCGGGAAAGAUUGGUUCAGAAGUUUCCGAAAACGAAACACUCUAUCCCUCCGCAAACCUGAGCCAUGCAGCCUCUCCAGACUUACCUCUUUCAAUAGAAAGAACGUAGGACAGUUUUUUGAAAAUUUGAAAAAGGUGCUUAAGAAAUAUCCCGAAUUGGCAGACCCUUCCCGUAUUUACAACCUUGAUGAAACCAAAACACCCACAGUCCAGGAGCCUCAAAAUGUUGUUACAGAAACGGGAACCAAACAAUUAAAUGCAGCUACAAGUGGAGAACGUGGUAUUCUGGUAACAACGUGUGCCAUAAUCUGUGCAACAGGAACAUUUCUGCCACCAGUGAUGAUUUUUCCACGAAAAUUCUUCAAAAGUCACAUGAUCAACGGUGCUCCAGCUGGGACAUUGGGACUGGCCAAUCCAUCAGGGUGGAUGUCCAAAGAGCUCUUCCCAGAGGUUCUGCAACAUUUUAUUACACUAUCACAUAGUUCAAAGGAUCACCGAACACUCCUGAUUUAUGAUAAUCUUGAAGCUCAUCUGUCCAUUGAGGUCAUUGAAAAAGCUAGGCGGUAA